GGGGGGGGGCGGAUACAUGAAAAACCUCACAUGAUGUCACUGGCUGUAUAAAUGCAGCCAUGGUGCUCAGAGACUACAGACUAACACCCCGCUGCAGAGAAAUAUGCAAAGCCCUCCAAAGCCUCAGUUUGCCAGCUGGCUCAUAGAGCAGGUGGAGACCGGCCAGUAUCCAGGCUUGUGCUAUGUGGGCCAAAACAAGUUCAGAGUUCCUUGGAAGCACAACUCCAGGAAGGACUGCAAUGAUGAGGACAGUAAAAUAUUUCGGGCGUGGGCAGUAGCAAGUGGUAAAAUCAAUGAGUUCCCCAAUGACAAGGCCAGGUGGAAAACCAACUUCCGGUGCGCUCUGAACAACCUCUCUGUGCGCUUCAAGAUGAUAAAGGAUAAUUCCAAGAAUUCAGACGACCCUCAUAAAAUCUACGAGAUUAUCAACACUGAGCACAACUAUGAGAAUGUGCAAGCACACGUUUUCCAGGAGGAUUCUGAAAUGGUUCCGGAUAUCUACAGUUCUCCCAUAGAGUGCUUCCCCUCAGGAAAUGAGGAUACUCUGCUUAACAAUUUAAUGGCUUUGGAUCUUGGGAAUCAUCCAUCAGAGAAGCAGCAGUGGGCAGAGAACUAUGAUCAGCACAAUCCAGCAGUCCUUGGAAGUUAUCCUGUUGGAGCCGAGAUCCACCAAGGGCAGCCGGCUUACCUCGAGGAACAUCCUGCUCCAGUCCUUUCACCUCUCCAUCCCAAUAUAUAUCAAAUGGAGGUCUCUAUCCACUACAGGAAAAAAGAAAUGCUAAAAACCACAUUGACCACUAACCGUCUCCAGCUCCAUUACCAACAUGAGGCCCCCGAGCUCAAAGCCACUCAUCUCUGCUUCCCAUCCACUGAUGGCCUGCUGGACCACAAACAGAUUGAAUUCACCAACCGCAUCCUUAACAGCAUCCAGAAAGGUCUACUCCUGGAGGUACAGGAAACUGGUAUCUAUGCCUGGAGGCAGGACAGAUGCCAUGUGUUUGCCAGCACCAGUGACCCCAGUGUGGCUCACCCAGACCCAAGGAAGCUGCCCGGGAACACCAUGGUGGAGCUUCUCAACUUUGAGAAGUAUGUAAAUGAACUGAAGCAGUUUAAAGAGAACAACGGUGGCUCCCCUGAAUACACCAUUAACCUGUGCUUUGGAGAGAAGUUUCCUGAUGGAAAAGCUUUGGAGAAGAAGCUUAUCGUAGUCAAGGUGGUUCCUCUGAUCUGUCGACACCUUCACGAGAUGGCCCAGAUGGAGGGGGCUUCGUCUCUUCACAGCGCCAAUGUCAGCCUACAGAUCUCACACAACAGCCUCUAUGACCUCAUUAACUCUGUCUUUGGUCUGCCAACAGCUGAGCUGGAGUCAGCACGGUCUGCUGCAUAUUUUCAGCAUCUGAUUUGAAAUUGUAUUUUGCACUCACUUUCUAUGAACUAUUUCACUGUGGGACCACAUGAUGCACCACAUCCUGCACUUAGCUCCACUAAAAACUGCCUACUUAUUGAAUAGAUGAAAUAGACAGUAGAUGAUACCAGAACUACCAGAAUCUAACUGGGUAAUGCAUAAUAUGCUAUAUUGAUAUAACUCCACCCUGCUUUGCACUGUCUUCAGUUCACCUUGUGUUUUUAUCACUACAUAAGUAGAAAUUGACUCAAAUAUUGGACUGUGACAUUACUACUACUGAACUCAAAGGCCAAUGGCCUUGCCUUAACUUUUAUACAGGCACUGUAAAUGUUAAGUCUAUCUUAAUGAAAUGUAUGGUUCAAUUGAUAUUAUUUGCAUGUAGUUAUAAAAUGUUUUACAUGAUAAAUCCAUUUUAACAAAUGUUUUUGAUCACAUAUGUAUGACCUUGUAUAUUGCAGCUAUAGUAAAGUUAAAUAAUUUAUGUGUCUAAGUUUUUAAUGUGUCAUACAGCCUGUAAGGGCAGUUCAUCUAUAUCUAUAUCUAUAGAUAUAGAUAUAUAUAUGUUAUAGCUGGUCAUCUUGCACUUUUUCAUACUGAAUAAACCUAACUGGCAUUAUUUGGAUUCCAAAUAAAUUGUUUUAUCUUGAA